AUGAGCGACGGCCGGUCAUGGCGGGGCGUCUACGAGGAGUUUUUGUGGACUCUCUUUGAGGAUGCGCAUUCCAUCAUUGCCGAGAUACUGCGGCUUGCCGACGAAAUCCCAGCAGCCCUGCGCGACCCGGCCAAAUCUCGUUUUCGCAUGGUGUUGGCCGAUUUUUCCUACUUUGAGAAAAGCGACCAUUUUGAAGCGGGAUUCAGAGGGAAUAAGGAGCUCGAUGAUCUCUUCUACGACGAGCACGAGGAGCAACUCGGCCGCUUCGAGCAACUCUUCAACGCAAUCGCUAAUUUUAUUCGAGGCUUUCAAGACGACGAUCGGACAAACGUCGAAUUCCUCGUCGACCUUUUGCGGGCUCGCACGGCUGCUGGUGACACGCUCUUUAAGCGCGUGAAAUUGAACGCGAAUUUUGUCCGGGACGCGAUACGGGUUUUCGAUUCCGGGAUGUUUCAGACAAGCUCAAACUCGUUAGGGCGGUUGCGCACGAGGGCACCACAGGUGCUCUGCGGUUGCCUCUUCUUUGCGCCGUCCAUCCUCAACGACGCGCAGCUGAUGCGCAAAUUGAUCGACAACUAUUUCCGGGAGCAAUGGGUGAUCUCCUUGGGGAUGGGGACUGUCGUCAACCUGUUCGACGAAUGGGCCUCGUAUAAAGGGGCUCAGGCGGCCCUCGCCGCUAAUAUGGAUGUCAUCAGGGCCAAAGAAGUUGCGGGGAACAAGCUGAAGAGCCUGCGGGCCGUCGAGCUGCCCCAGGGCCAAAUCGGGGCCGAGAAGCUGAAGCCGUGCAUCGGGCUUAUUGCGCAGUACAACGCCCAACUGCGCUGGCUCGUCCUCCAUUCGGGCAAGUUUUUAAAAGGAGAACAGAAAUGGGGACUCGGGAAGAAAGCGCUGAGCUACGCGAUCGCCGUCCAGACCGCCACCCAAUUCCAGCUGCGCGCGCUGCGCGCCACACUGAGGAUUGCCAACUUCGAGAUUGAGUUUUUCAAGACCUACCACGAAUACCUUGGCCAAAAGGACGAGUCGAUCCGUCGAUUGACAGCCUCGGCCUGUGAGAUGUUGGGCGAAAUAGCGGCCGUCUUCAGCCAGGGUUUUGCCUCACUGCGUGUCGAGAAGAAAACCAAACUCCACGAUUGGUUACUGGUGCUCCAGAAGACGCUGGCGGAUGCCCAGCCGAAGACGCCGGGCGAAGGCGCCGAGCUGGCCAAGCACGUAAAACGCCGCAUCGUCCAGGUGGGCGAAAUGCUGGACCUGGGCGGGAAUUUGGCCAUGGCGCAGUAUUUGGAGAAGAUCGGAGUUGAACUCGACGCGCUCGCCGCCGCGCACCAAGUCAGCCCGGGUGAACUGCGCCGGGCCGAGACAUCCGCCUGCUCUGCGUACGCGUGGGCAAUAGUCGACACAUGGUCUCCGCAAGUCGAGAAGCUGCUCGUCGAGUCGAGCAACAGCGCCACGGUCCGCGCCCUUUUUCAUAAGCUCUCGCUAGCGGUGACGAACUUGUCAAACGACUUGCACACGGAAGAGCGUCGGAAGAUGAUCGCUGACGCGUAUUCUGCGCAGCUCGAGAAAAGGUUGCGGAAAAUCGUCCAAUCGGUGCCACGACAUCUCUUUGUUCUGCUUCGGGAUAACGUUGCAGCACUACUGGAGACUGAGUGGCCAGCACAGAUUUUGAAGGAAGAGGCUAAAGAAAUGGCCGACUUCGAGAGCAACUUCAAGCUGGCUGAGGCGACGUCGACCAUCUCGAACAUGAGCGUCGGAAUUUCGAGGAUGUCGCUGACAAGGGUCGGCACACUGGAGGUGCGCCCUCGCGAAUUGCUGACCGAGGGGAUCCGAGCUGAGCUACGAGCACGACUCCCGGAAGUGAUGGUUGUGAAGGAGAGCGGAUUGCGGAGUUGCCUGUCCUACCUCACGAAAGCGCUGCAUAGCUUGCACACGUCGUUCCUCUACCUGUGCGAGCAUAUCGAUGUGGCUGGGCAUGAGAUGUGGAGGAAUGAGUUAACCGGUUGUCUACAACGGAUGGCCGAGGAGGAGAUGACCUCCCUAAUAGCUCAAGAAUCGCUAAAGGGCAAGAACGGCCGAUCAACGACGUUGAACCCCACCACGGCACUCGGCAUAACCACCCAGAUGCUGCUCAGCGCAUCGUCGCCCAGUACGACACGCUACUGUGAGGCCGAGAUGAGCUGGCGAGAGCUGAAGUCAAAUCGGGAGAUGUUGACGAGCAAUGAGGCAAAUGGGAUUGAGAGUAUCCUCUCCAACUUACCAACCUUUGCCCUCGACGAGACGUUCUUCAAGUCAAAGAUUUUUGAUGUCUUGCAAAAGGCUACUGCCGCUCAGACCGGAAUGCACGCCGACUUGGCAAAGGUGGGUCAAUGCGUACUCUUGCGUACCCUCCUCGGGCAGUCGCGGCGUGAGGGUGCCACACUCCGAACGCCAGCUCUGGCAGCCGCUCUCGAGUCGGCAAAUCGCUCCGCCCUCUCGACCCCAGAAGCCUUUCCGGAAGCCGCGCUCGAGCUGCUAUGUGACUUGCUGCGCGGGAACGCACACGUGCGGCCCGCGCUUACCAAGUUUCAGGGGAUCAAGAUCCCGACACACACGGCGUUGGUCUUGUUCAGCACCUGCCUCGGCCUUUCCCAGCGUUUCCAAACAGGCUCGAAGUUGUGCCCAGCCAGCCUCCUUGCCGGCUUCCAAGCUUUUGCGCAUCAAUUCGGUUUGGAGCUGGAGGUGCUGGCCAUCGCCCGUCUCUUCAACGACUCGAUCAGGACCGCCCAACCGCUCGCCAAACUGCCCGCCCACUACGUGAAUAUCCUGUCAACGGUUGAAGGGGUCCUGGAA